GUGAACAGAUAAAUUUCACGUCAGAUAACAUAGACAAUGGUAUCAGCUUCUGGCUUCUGCAAUGGCAGAGGACGCCGAUCUUCACCGCUUCCACCACUGCGAACCGCCGACUCAGUCUCAACAACAACCACCACCACUAAGGCCCGUUCCCAGAAACACUACGAGGGUCCAUCAAGAACAAGAAAACCAAUAUGAUGAAUUCUAUCGGCAAGGCUCAAUUUUGUUCGAUUUUGAUUCACUGGAGCUACCAAAACCUGAAAGCUGGGGCCGCGGAUCUGCGGAUUCCUUACCUUGCCGAAAUCGCUGUGUCAGCGGUGAAGUAGAAUACGAUGAGCCAAUGAAUUUCGUCGCCGAAUUGUUCGAGUCUCGCGAAUCCCAUGUUCUGAAUGACCCAAUCUGGGAGUUCGAUUCAGGUCCGGCGGUGGAUCUGGGGAUGGAAUUUGGGUUCGGUCCGGGGCUUGGUUCCGAUACAGACCGGUCUGCAAUGGCGGUUGGUGUUGUGGGCGCGAAUUUGGAGUCAAAUUCCGGUGAAACGGAGUUAAAUUCUUGGUUUAUUGUUGAUGAUGAAGGGGUCAAUGAUUUUCGUAUUACUGAAAACGAAAGAGAAGAGCUUGAGUGGCAGGAGGUGGAUGAGAGAAUCCAAAUUCACGAGAGAGAGAAUUUUGAUUCCGUUAUCGAUCGAAUUGGGGAAAUCUUGGUUUCCUCAAAUGUUCCAUCCCCAGAAGGCGAGAAUUCAUUUUCAGACGAAGCAGAAGAUGAUGAAGAAGGAGAGAACUACGUACAGUGGGAAGUGCUCAUGACAGUGAAUAAUUUGGAAGAACAUAACAAUGGGAGUGAAGUUGCUCGUUCUGAUCUUUCAGAUGAUUAUAUUAUGACUACGGAACAAUUGGUGGAGAAUGAGAAUGCCGUAAAGUUCGGUCAUCCUGCAUCAAAAUCCGUGGUGGAGAAUUUGCCUUCAAUCGAGUUGACAGUAGACGAAGUUCGGGAGAAGAAUGAUGCAAUUGUUUGUGCAGUUUGUAAGGAGAAUGUUGCAGCUGGAGAGAAGAUGACCAGAAUGCCUUGCUUCCAUCUUUACCAUGGGGACUGCAUUUUGCCAUGGCUUGAGAUCAGGAAUACAUGCCCGGUUUGCAGGUAUGAAUUGCCCACAGACAAUGCAGAUUACGAGUAGAGGCGGAGCAAUAGGGAUGGUGAUGGAGUUGCUGGUCGCUUGUUCGACGAUUUCAGGUGAGUUAUAACAUAGAAUUUUGCUUUUGAACUCUUUCUUUUUGUAAUCUCAAUAUCAGAUUGCAAGGCAGAUGGAUUUCUUGUUUGAAUAAAUUUCUCUUAUGCUAUCACUAGAUGUUAUGGUGGAAGUGAUCAUACCUUAAUGGCUUGUUUGGUUA